AUGGGCGGCUCCCAGCUUGCACAGCUCAAGGCUGCCCUGCGACAGUCAGGCCUGCAGCGCAACAACUCGACGGGCAGCAACAAGAAGCGAAAGACGUCGUCAGCCGCUGAAAGCAAGCGGACAGAUCUAGAGUACAGAAAUCGUAAACUUGCCGAGAUCGGCUCGGAGCUCAAUCAGUUUGACGUCAAAGUCACCAAGCAGAAGCAUGAGGUUUUGGGCAGAAAGAUCAAAGGCGCACUCGGUCGCCCUGCCGUCUCUCGUCAAGUCGGCAUUGAGAACAGGAAGAAGACGCUCCUGCCAGAGCUACAGAGUCGCGGCAGAGCAGGCACCGUCAUUGAUCGUCGGUUUGGCGAGGAUAAUCCUCAUCUGACGCCAGAAGAGAAGGCCAUGGAGCGAUUCAAGCUCGAAUCGCAACGACGGGCCGAGCGAUCGGGUCGUGGCUCCGGCUUCAACAUCGAGGAGGAAGACGAUUCGCUCACUCAUUAUGGUCAAUCGCUCUCUACUGCUUUUGCCGACGAGCAAGGCCUGCCUCCCGCGGGAGAGGAGGAUCAAGACCGUCGCAAGACAAAAGCAGAAGUCAUGCAGGAAGUCAUCGCCAAAAGUAAGAUGUACAAGAGCGAACGGCAAGCUGCAAAGGAAGACGAUGACGAUGCUAGGAUCGAGCUCGACGGGCAACUAGACGACCUCAGAGGCUUACUUGGCCUGACAAAGCGCGCACCUCCCGACAGUGCUGCAGAAGCGACCCUGCCUGAUGGAUCGGACGAAGAUGAGGACGAGUCCGAUACGGCUUCGUCUGUGGCAGAGGAUGAGAUCGAAGGGAGUCAGCUAAAGUCCAGCAGCGACACGAUUGACGAGCUCAAGCGACUGCUCAAUCUUGACGCAUCGGACGAAGACGAGCGGCCGCUGAUCAAGAACACGACAGGAACAUCCUCAAAUGCAGUACCCAUCAGUAAAAAGCGCAAGCACGGCGAUGACGAGGACGAAUAUGACCGUUACGUUCGUGAGCUAGCGUUUGAAAAGAGGGCAAAGCCUUCGAAUCGCCUCAAGACCGAAGAAGAGAAAGCGUUGGAAGCAAAAGAAGCGCUCGAGAAGGCUGAAGCAGCCCGACUCAGACGUAUGCAAGGCUUGCCUGAUAUCGACCAGCAAUCCGGUGGAGCGUCAACGAAACGUGCACCUCAAGCGGACGAUUUGUCCGACGACGAUGACUUUGGACUGGGGCACGGUCUUGCUUCGGCGCACGCGGCCAUCGACGAAGGGGAGACAGCUCAUCCAAUUACCGGCAAGGACGCGUUCGACCCGGAGAGCGCAAGCGAUGAUGACUCAGCUAGUCGACAGGACGAAGGCUUGAGCAUCGACGGUUUGCUCUCUGAUGACGAGUUUGCCCGGGAGGAAGGUCCAGAAGCUGCAUUAGUUGCUACCAAAUCGCCUAGCGAAAGGAUCUUGCAGGUGUCCUCGUCGGAUGCGCAGAGAGUACCGUUCAGCUUCGAACUGCCGGCAUCUCACGACGAGCUCAUGGAGAUCAUCGAGGAUCCGUCAGCAGAAGAGAUCGAUCUUGUCGCCUCGCGGGCGAGGACAUUGUACCAUCCCAGUCUGAACAAAGACAACCCGCUCAGGUUGCAAGUCUUCUUAGGCGUACUCAUCGACCACGUGCUAUAUUCGGCAGCACGGGAACCCCCAGACUAUGCUUCAAUCGAUAUCCUGACGCCUCAUAUCGCUGCGCUUUGCAAAGCAUACGCUCAAACGGGCGCUUCGUUCUUCAUCAGCAAGCUCGCUCUCAUGCAAAAGAACCUCGUCCGAGGACUGCAAACAGGACCGCUCGUGCUCAGCGCAAAAACUUGGCCUGGCUCCGCUGAGUUGACUUUGCUCCGUUUAAUUGCUGCAAUCUGGUCGACGUCAGAUCUGAGUCAUCCGGUUGGCGCGCCUGCACUGCUCUAUAUCUGUCAAGUCCUGUCGCAAUGCCGCGUCAGAUCUAUCAAAGAUCUCGCGAUGGGUCUCGCACUUAGCUGCACUGCUCUCCAGUACGAGAGCUUCUCAAAGCGUGUUAUCCCAGAAGUAGUCAACUUCCUGCUAUACGCUCUCGCCAUCCUCUCACCGGCCGCAUACUCUCAGCUCAGUGUUCCAGGCAGUUUUCCUGCUCUCGAUAUAGACAGUCUAAACGUCAAAGCGCUCGCGGUACCCUCUACUGGCCUGCCGGAGCGUCUCAGCGACGGUCUAGAUGCAUCACGCCUCCUGCAGUCAAGUUGCAAAUUCACUGUCCGAGAUCAAACAGACCUUCUGGCAAGCGUCAGCAGUGUCAUCGUAAGCUGUAUGCUGCAAUGUGUCGACAAUCCGGCUUUCGUGGAACUCUUCGGAUCAGCACAAGCUUUGCUCGAGCAGGCUGCCGCCGAGCUGCCAUCAGGCGCUCUGAAGACUCGCGUCGAGGAGUCAUCAAGUGCAGUGGGACGGAUGCUGAAGCACGCUGCAGCCGAUCGCAGGCCAUUGCGGUUGCAAAGCCACAAGCCCAUACCGAUACCGUCACACAUACCAAAAUUCGAAGAGGGUGGCGGGGGCACUCGUGCGUUCGACCCCGACUCUGCCCGAGCGGCAGAGAGCAAGUUCAAGGCGUUGUACAAGAAAGAACGCAAGGGCGCCAUCCGCGAGCUGCGCAAGGACAAUCGCUUCAUUGCCGGGGAGAAAGCAAAAAUCAAAGCGUCAAAAGACGACGCUUAUCGCUCAAAGAUUGCCAAAAUUACAGCUGGAUUGCAAGACGAGAGAGCGGAGGAGAAAGCCUUCGAGAGGACGAAGAAGCGCGAGAAGCGCCGGGACAAGGCACGCCAAUAG